CAGCGCGACGUAAACACUAUCGUUAUCGUGCGCGCAGUCGAGUCCCCACACUCACGCGUUGUGGUACAUUCUCUUUCAUUCGAAAAUAAUAAUAACAGACCAAGUGAUUCAUUCCGUACCGAUGUAUCGGCACACCUAGUAGAUCACCCAGUUAUCGAGUUCAGUUGAGUGUCAGUGCGUCGAAUAAACUCAGCCUAAAUACCGUGUGUUUGUCAACAAGAGUUGGUCAUUGUAAAUUAUUCCUUGAAUUCUGGUUCGUUCGGGAGUGUUUCAAGAACAAGUUGAAGACGAUGGCGAGUUCAUGUGGGCGUGCAACAGCCGUUGCCAUCCUCGUGCUGCUAUACCUAGCUCACACCAGUGGACAGUUUUUGGAGAUUUUACCAUCUGGAGAUUCCCAGUCAAGACCAACUGGAAGUAGGCUUAUGCUAACGUGUAAACCGACUGGCGCUGAUCCGAAUAUUGUUACUAAUCUUCAAUGGUUGGAUCCAUUUAAUAGAGCUAUCGAGUCUCGAAGCACGUUCCAAUCAAAAUCUGGUUCAUCCACACCCGGUUUGUACACCGAGCUGCAUCCGGACGCGAGUUUGUCACUCGUGUUCAAUCCACUGAGGGAAGAACAGGCUGGAACGUAUACCUGUUCGGCGAAUUACGCUAAUGAACCGUUCAAUAAAUCGGUUCAAGUUGUUGCUAUUGACGCCUUGAAAUGGGUAGACGCCCCGCAGCAUCAAUACGCGAUUCUCAACGAGGAAACCAAGAUAAAAUGCCACGUUACAGCCCGGCCAGCGCCAACAGUAACUUGGUUGAAAGACGAUUUACCGAUUAUCACGAACGACCACUAUAUCGUGGAAACUCACGCCCUGACCAUUUCCAACGUUCAAAUGGAAGACCAAGGUGUCUACACUUGUCAAGCCGCGGUAGUCAUAACGGGGCAAUUCGACGAACGCAAAAUCUCCGUAGAAGUUCACGAGAAGCCAAAGAUCGAGGAAAGACAAUCACAAGUAGAAAUCGUAGAAGGCAAGACAGAGACGAUAAUCUGUAAGGCUCGAGGCAUUCCACCCCCUCGUUACUCAUGGGUUAAAUCCCUCACCAAAGAAAACCUGACAUCAGUCGAUCGCUUCAGAGUGGACUCCGAGGAAGGAAUUUUGACCAUCAAUAACGUAAAUCGCGAGGAUGCUGGGGAAUAUCAGUGUAUCGCUGUGAAUGCAGCUGGCACUGCGAAUUUAGAUAUCCGAGUUGAUGUAAUGUCAAAGCCGAAGAUCAUGGAAUUCCUGAACCGAACGAUGCCAGUGGGUAAACCGGUGGAAAUCACGUGUAAAGCAUUUGGUCGUCCUCCACCAGACGUUACAUUCAGGAAACAUACCUCUCUGAAACCCUUCGUCAAGGGUCUCCAACCUGAUGAUGACAGAAUCCAACUGACAACCAUUCCGGACAAUCAGAGAGGCGAGACUGUUGCUAGUUUGAGUAUUCACAGUGUUCUCAGGAAGGACGAUGGAUUGUACGAAUGUAUUGCCACCAACAAAGUUGCCACUGCUUACAAGAGUGGACAUUUGACUUCUGAAUUCCCUCCGUCAUUCGAAUCCAUGGAGAAUCAGACGAUAUGGUCGUGGGAGCAGAGGCCUGUCAAUCUUACUUGCAUCGCUGAGAGUAUUCCCAAUGCCACCAUCAGGUGGAUGUUGAAUGAUAAGGAGAUCGAGAGGUUGGAUAUUGGAAAGUCGUUCAGAAUUAUUGGGAAUGGACCCAUCAGCACACUCACUGUUGUACCUAAUGAUAUAAGAUUCUAUGGUAAUUACAAGUGCGUUGCAAGCAAUAUUCAUGGGAAACGGGAGAGGCUUAUUGAGCUGAGGGAAGCUGGUAAACCUGGAAUUGUUCUCGAAUCCAGAAUGGCUACGGUGACUGCUACCAGUAUUUCAUUUACUCUUAUUCUACCACCUACUGAACCGGAACUUCCGCUACAAACGGUCACUGUUCAGUAUAAGGAGCCUAGACAGAUGUGGCAGGAUGCGAAGAAUAAGACCUGGUCUAUAAACUCAUCAUACGUCCUAGAGAACUUGAAAGCCGAGACGAACUAUGAAUUUAGAUUCCGAGUGCGUAAUCAGGUAGGAGAGAGUAACUGGGGUGGAAAUCUCGUGGAGACGACACCUCAGCGUACAAUUCCAGCAGCACCAAAAAUGAAAAUGCGAAAGGACAAUGGAAAUUACGACGAGUCACUCUAUGCACAUCAGUACGAAGUCACAUGGAUUGAACCAUCGGACAAUGGUGAGCCCAUCGAGGAGUACGACAUUCGCUGGUGUGAGGUGACACGAAUAGGCGAUAAAUUCGAGGUGCUCGAUGGUACAUGCAAAAAUGAACCACUCAAGGGACUCAGGCCGAAGCACUGGCUGAGGAAUCUCAAACCGGAUGCCUUCUAUCGGGCUGAUGUCAGGGCCCGCAAUAUCAUCGGCUUCGGAGAUCCUGGUUUCGUCCUUUUCAAAACAGCACCAGCAAAUCCAUCGAAACCCGAAUUCUACAAUCAUGAGAUCUCGAGUGCUGCUGUUAUUGGAAUAGUCGUUGCAAUUCUCAUCAUCAUAAUCCUAAUUAUCGAUGUUAUUUGCUGUUGCGCACAUAAAACAGGUAUUAUCUUCUACGUGUGCGAACGAUCACGAAGGAAACCCGUCGAUGAGGAGGACGCGAAACUCGGCAGUCUUUACGGUUGGCGGUUCCCAUUGCCGUAUUGCGACCAAAAAAUGGCCAAUGUGGCCGGUGUAACGGCCAUCCAAGAAUCGGGUAGUGGAAAGAAUACCAUUAAGCUGGUCAAACAUACCUCCAUAGAGGAGAAAGAGCCAUUGAAGGAGGAGAAGAAAAUAACUCCAAUAAUUGAUUCUGGUUUGAGACGAGAAACAUCGAUUACAUUCGAUGGAAAGCGAUCUGUCUCGAAGACCGGCUUCGUCGGCAAGGACUCAGCUGUCUAGAUAUUCUUCCGGCGUACUAGAUUGUAAAUUACUCCCCCCCAAAUUUCAAGGCCUUUGGAGCUCAUCCAAAUAGACUUUGAAGAGCCGUGAAUCGAAAAUAUUGAUUUUUGAAAUAUUAAUUCACUCAGUAUACGAAUUACUUUUCAAUCUAUUUUCGAUUGUUGUGACUAUUCGCCAACUCCGAAUGUGACUAUCUGCACCUCCCAGGCAAGAAUCACCAUCAGGAAUGAAAUUUAUAGAUAAAUGUUGAAAAUCAAUGAAAAUUCCAAAAUUUGAAGAGAAAUUAUUGACCAUUCGGUACAAAUUCAGAGUCUCAAUCGGCUCUCGAGUGAACAUAUAUCGAAAAAUGUAUAGGAAAAUAAUGAUUAUUUCCCCUAGACAUCCCUUUGCUUUCUCAAUAUUAACUUCAUUCUGCUUUUAACACGAAUUCAAAAAAUCAGUGGCGAUAUGAUAAAGUGGAAUACUUUCCGAUUGAAGAGCGAUAAAAUUCUCAUGGCGAAUUUUUGUGAAUGACAUGAGAGCUAUUAAAAUAUUCUCACAAAAAUCCACUUUUUACAUUACAUUAUUUAGGUAUUUAUUGAAAAUUAGGUGAAUAUAUUUAGUAUAAACUUUUACCAGUUGCUGGCGAAAAUUUGGUAAAAAAAUAUUCGUCCAUCAUUUUUUUAGCGUCUUCCUUGUUUCUCGAAACAACUGUGCGUUUUUUAUUGCUUUUAAUAUAAACGACUGCGAUAAUUGGUUUCUUCAAUUUUAUCUAAUUGCCACUGAGAUAAUUAUCGUGUAUGGAUUGUACAGAAGUAGGUGUUUAUAUCCUUCGGAUUACGAAUUAGUCGUUGAUGGAAAAAUAUGCUUUCAAUAAGCUUUUCUCAGAUUCUCCCCCUUUUAGAUAAUUCGCAAUCUAGUACGCUGGAUUAUUUUAUAAGUAAUGAAAAAGCGACGUAUGAAUUUGAAAUUCAAAAGUCGAAGGGCUUCUAAAAAUCUCGAGCCCUGCGUGUGUGUGUAUAUAUCUAUAUAUACUUUUUCGAAAUGAAACAAAAAAUAUCCCAUAAAAGCCAAAAUUCAUCUCAUGCACAAAAAGCGAAAAAUCUGCCAAUCGAUAAAGCUAGUAUCAUUUCCUUUUGAAGACUGAUUCAUUUAAGACUAUCAUGAUAAUGCCGUCUCAUGAAUUUGACUUUUCAUUGUUUCCCUGAAAAAAAAAAGAAUAUUUCAAUGAAUAUUAAUAACUAUUUUACAGUUUUUGAUUCAAAUAUCUUGAUGAUUUUUUAUCAGUGUACUGACGUAAUUGUUGUAAAUCGUGACAUAUUUGUUACCGAGUGAACGAAAUGAUUGAGUAGUUUGUAUUUCUUCUCACUCAUUUGAUUAAUAAUUAUAUGAAAAAUU